AUGACUUCUGACGAGACCGUCGUCCCAUGCAUACGAACUCGCAAAAGGAGACUUGUGCCUCCCGACAAGCGUAAGAAGGCUUCCUUCUCCUGUGACAGAUGCAAAAUCAGAAAGAUCGCCUGCCAUAGAGACUCGCCUUCCCUGCGUUGCGCUGGCUGCGAAAGAGCUGGUGCCAGCUGUGAAACCACCAUUAAGCGUAAGAAGAAGAUCAGGGGCCCUAUAGAGAAUAUUGGUCUUCAUUAUAAGUGUCUUUUGGCGCUUAUUCAACACCUGUUUCCCGAGAUCGACGUGAAUAAUAUUGAUGCUUUGAUCGAUGUGGGUGAACGCCAUGGAAUUUCCAUGCCUUCUCGGUAUGGAGGUAAAGAUGAUAAUGAGCUUCGGGAUCUUUCCUUGUUGAUAACGCUGGGUAAAUUACCUUCUAGCCGUCUGAGCUCGCUAGAUCUGGACUUUGAUAUUAAAGUGGAAGACCUGGACGACUUGGCUGCUGAGCUGGUACAACUGGAGACCGCCGAGGGCCCAGGUCACCAUCAAGACGACCUUUUCAUAACCGACCAUAGUGGCAACAGACAUAUGGUUGGUCCUCUUGCAUCGCCUGCAUUCCUUGACUCGUCCGUCAAGGCUUUGGGCACAAUGUUUGACCUUGACCAGUCUACAUGUGCCAGUCUCCAACACGCCUUCCAGGGUGAAUUGGUUAUUUCUUCCAGCAAUGAACCUAUCAACGCUGCCGAUCUUUCAUUUUUGUACCAUUCCACUUUCCCAUGUCUUGACGAUAUUUCGAUGCAAGAAGCAAACUACUUUGUCGAUUGUUUCUUCGGCAACGUGCAUCCCAGAUACCCAUGUUUUGUUGAAAAUGUCUUCAGAGAGGCCCAUGAAAGGUUUUGGGCUGCAGUCAGCACAAAGACCAGAGACCGCUACCUUUCACAUCAUACUAUUUGCAGCAUAUACAUGGUCUGGCUUCUUGGUCGUCUUUUCAACCCAAAUAGCUUACCGAGGGUUGACUAUUCCAUUGUGCAAAGGUAUCUUCAUGUGAUACGCUUGUGCCUUUCUGAUAUUGUGCUUACUCCUACGCUUGAUGGUAUCCGUACGUUGAUACUUCUAGCCAUCUUCAUGGAAAAUACCAUGCGGAGAGAAAGCGCCUACGUUUUGAUCCAACUUGCUGCUCGUCAUUCUAUUUCUCUUGGUCUUCACAGAGAAUCUCUGGUUAUGCAGAUUCCUGAUAAACUGAAGGUCGAGGAACUGAGAAGACUUUGGUGGACUGUUUUCGUCAUGGAGGUUUCUUCCAGUUGCCAGAUGGGCCGUUCAUCGACGGUUAAACUCGCAGACGUCAAUGCAACUUAUCCAGACUGCUACGACAUCGUGAACGCUCCCGAGUUUUCAGCAACCUGGAUGGCUAUACUAGAUGUAACGAAGAACUUGCAUGACGUCUUGGAAUACCGCCAGGCGUUCAACAAGAACGAAGACUUGUUGUCGAACGACAACAUCGAUAAAGCCUUGGUUCUCGAGGAGAAACUCUCCAGAACCGUGGCAAAGAUUGACCCAGGAUUGUUCGAUCUUUCAAUGAUUUCAGAUUUCAAAGUCCAUUUACUGAUGCGGUACCACUACGACCGUCUACUGUUGGUCCUUCCAUUCUUUUCCAGAGUAGCACAGGCGCCACAUCACGGCUCAAACAGAAAAAUCCAAAGCCUUCUAGUACAGGGCUUAAGACUGUGCAUUGCAAUUGCAAACAUCGCCCAAGCCAGCUUUUCAGCACAAAUGCUUAACGGUACAGUUCAUGCUGAUGUCUUUUACACUUUCCAUGCAACCAUGGGUCUUGUGGUUGGCUACUGUCUCAUGAGCAAUAGCCAGCUUUCAAGCAUCAUGAAACUAGAUAUACCUAUCGAAGAAGUGGAACAAGCCAUUGAGAAAAUACGUGGACUUGGCUUGGCCACUAACGGUAUGUGUAUGGGUACGCUUCUCAAGAUAAGCGGUUUCAUUGAUGCCUUCAUAGCUGGCUAUGAUUACCUCACAGGGCAACAUCAGCAAAGAGGAGCCCCAAGACCCUUGCCUUAUGGAGAAGCGGUGCCAAGUGCUGAACACGAGAUGCUGGAGAUGUUAGCAGCUACCAAAAGCCGUGUUAAGGUGGAAGACAAUUGCAUGAAUGGAGGAUUCGAGGACUUCUUCAUUCGCCCAUUACGUAACGACUACGACCCUCAUUCUGGUCUCCAGUCUGCGGAUAUUUCCCAGUUUGGUGACUUGGUAUUCAACGGUGGCAUUCCUGGUUUUGGCACCGGGUUCUGUGCACCCGAGAGAUACUCCUCUGAGGGUGUAGGAGAGUGA